GGCAAAACAAAACAUUAGAAAAACCCUAUUCGCUGUCUACUUGAGAGAGCAGCCUCUGUCUGCUUCUUCUUCUUCGGGAGAGAGUUCAUCAAUCGAUUUGCAAAUCAUGGCGCAAUCUCUGGAGCUUCUGUUGAUCCAGUUCCUUAUGCCGGACAAUGAUGCUCGUCGUCAAGCUGAGGAUCAGAUCAAUCGUCUUGCCAAAGAUCCUCAAGUUGUUCCCGCCCUCAUUCAGCAUCUCCGCACCGCUAAAACCCCUAACGUCCGCCAGCUCGCCGCCGUACUCCUUCGCAAAAGAAUCACCGGACAUUGGACUAAGCUUUCUCCUCAGAUUAAACUGCAUGUUAAACAGUCCUUAAUCGAGAGUAUCACUGCGGAGAAUAGUCCACCUGUGAGGCGUGCGAGUGCCAAUGUUGUGAGUGUAGUAGCCAAGUACGCUGUUCCGGCUGGAGAGUGGCCUGAUUUGUUAACUUUUCUCUUCCAGUGUAGUCAGAGUUCUCAAGAAGACCAUCGUGAAGUAGCAUUGAUCCUUUUCAGCUCUUUGACAGAAACGAUUGGGAACACAUUUAGGCCAUAUUUUGCCGACUUGCAGGCUCUUCUUCUCAAGUGUAUGCAGGAUGAAAGCAGCAGUCGAGUCAGAAUUGCUGCUCUCAAGGCGGUGGGUUCUUUUCUGGAAUUCACAAACGACGGGGAUGAAGUGGUUAAGUUCCGAGAGUUCAUUCCCAGUAUAUUGAAUGUAUCAAGGAAAUGUAUUGCAUCUGGAGAGGAGGAUGUAGCUAUACUUGCUUUUGAAAUUUUUGAUGAGCUGAUUGAAUCUCCUGCACCCCUUCUUGGAGAUUCUGUCAAAUCAAUCGUGGACUUCUCUCUUGAAGUUUCCUGUAAUCAAAACCUGGAAAGUAGCACCCGUCACCAGGCAAUCCAAAUAGUUUCAUGGUUGGCAAAGUACAAAUACAAUUCCCUUAAAAAACAUAAGCUAGUCAUACCAAUUUUGAAAGUUAUGUGCCCUUUACUCGCUGAGUCGUCUGAUCAAGAGGACGAUGAUGAUCUUGCUCCUGAUCGUGCAGCUGCUGAAGUUAUUGACACACUAGCUAUGAACCUGCCAAAGCAUGUCUUCCCCCCUGUUUUGGAAUUUGCUUCCGUGUACUAUCAAAAUACAAAUCCGAAGUGUCGGGAAGCGUCUGCAACAGCUCUAGGUGUUAUAUCAGAGGGUUGCUUUGAUAUGAUGAAAGAGAAGCUGGAACCUGUUCUUAAUAUAGUCUUAGGAGCUUUAAGAGACCCUGAGCAAAUGGUUCGAGGGGCUGCGUCAUUUGCAAUAGGCCAAUUCGCCGAGCAUCUUCAGCCCGAAAUUCUGUCACACUAUCAGAUUGUUCUUCCAUGCCUAUUAACUGCGAUUGAAGAUUCAUCUGAGGAAGUGAAGGAAAAGUCACACUUCGCUUUAGCAGCCUUCUGUGAGAACAUGGGAGAGGAAAUUGUUCCUUUGCUUGAUCAUUUAAUGCAGAAGCUUAUGGCCGCCCUCAAAAGUAGUCCGCGUAAUCUACAAGAGACAUGCAUGUCUGCAAUAGGAUCGGUUGCUGCUGCUGCUGAGCAAGCAUUCAAUCCAUAUGCUGAGAGCGUUCUGGAGUUGAUGAAGUUUUACAUGGUUCUCACCAAGGACGAGGAUCUUCGUGCCCGUGCAAGGUCUACUGAGCUUGUAGGGAUUGUCGCAAUGUCUGUUGGGAGAAUAGGGAUGGAGGCGAUUUUGCCACCUUUCAUUGAUGCUGCAAUAUCAGGAUUUGAAUUGGACUUCAGUGAGUUGCGAGAAUAUACUCAUGGAUUCUUCAGCAACAUAGCUGAAAUAUUGGAUGACGCUUUUGCCCAGUAUUUACCUCGCGUUAUGCCAUUAGUAUUUGCGUCGUGCAAUCUUGAUGAUGGAUCUGCAGUGGACUUUGAUGAGUCAGACGAUGAACAUGUCAAUGAUUUUGGUGGGGUAUCUUCUGAUGAUGAUGCUCAUGAUGAGCCCAGAGUUCGGAACAUUAGCGUUCGAACAGGAGUUUUGGAUGAAAAGGCAGCUGCAACUCAAGCACUUGGCCUGUUUGCACUCCACACUAAAGCUUCUUUUGCACCCUACCUCGAGGAAUCAUUGAAGAUUAUGGACAAACAUUCUGCAUAUUUUCAUGAAGAUGUUCGGCUUCAAGCAGUCACUGGUUUGAAACAUAUAUUGGCUGCAGCGCAUGCUAUCUUCCAGAAUCACAAUGAUGGAGCUGGGAAGGCAAAUGAAAUUCUUGAUGCAGUUAUGAAUAAUUAUAUCAAAACUAUGACUAAAGAUGACGACAAGGAGGUUGUUGCUCAGGCUUGCAUGAGCGUAGCGGAUAUCAUGAAGGAUUAUGGUUACGUAGCCAUUCAAAAUUAUUUAUCAUCCCUUGUUGAUGCGACGUUGCUACUGCUGACGGAGAAAGCAGCUUGCCAGCAGUACGGAGAAGAUGAGAGUGAUAUUGACGAUGAUGAUACUGGACAUGAUGAGGUCCUCAUGGAUGCAGUUUCUGACCUCCUUCCCGCCUUUGCAAAGUGUAUGGGUUCUCAUUUUGAACCUGUCUUUGCCAAAUUCUUUGAGCCGUUGAUGAAAUUUGCGAAAGCUUCACGUCCCCCACAGGACAGGACAAUGGUAGUUGCUAGUCUUGCUGAAGUUGCUCAAGACAUGGGCCCUCCAAUCUCUGCCUAUGUUGAUAGGUUAAUGCCCUUGGUGCUCAAAGAAUUGGGGUCACCAGACGCAACUAACAGAAGAAAUGCAGCUUUCUGUGUUGGAGAGCUUUGCAAAAAUGGGGGUGAAGCUGCUCUUAAAUAUUUUGGUGAUGUGCUACGAAAACUUUCCCCUCUUUUCGGGGAUUCAGAACCAGAGCUUGCUGUUAGGGAUAAUGCAGCAGGUGCUACCGCAAGGAUGAUUGUUGUUCAUCCUGAACUAGUCCCGCUAAAUCAAGUACUUCCAGUGUUGUUAAGAGGUCUACCUCUAAAAGAAGAUCAAGAAGAGUCCAUGGCUGUUUACAGCUGUAUAUAUUCGCUAGUUUUGGCAUCCAACCCAGAGAUCCUCCCUCAUGUUCCGGACCUGAUUAAAAUAUUUGGACAAGUAGUGGAGUCGCCAGUGGAAAAAGUAGAAGUGAAAGCAAUAGUAGGCAGGACUUUCUCCCACCUGAUCUCGCUUUAUGGAAAUCAGUUGCAGCCAAUCCUAGGUGGCCUACCGCCUUCUCAAGCUAAUGUUCUUGCUGCGUUUGCUUCUACUAGUUGAUCGCCCCAUGUUAUAAAUUUAUCUAUCAAAAACUGUCUUCAGUAUUUUUUUUUCGUUUGAAAUCUAUUCUUUGUUCUUCAUGUGAGUCUCAAAUCUUGUUUUUCAUAUAUCUUAGCAUUUUGGCUUUGUUUCUUUCGUCAGAGUUUUGCCUUCAUUGUUUAUUUUAUUUUCUCCAUUUAUUUAUAGUCUUAUAAGUUCUUUGUAUUUUGUAUUUUGUAUUCUUGACAUUGGACAAUAUUGUAUUUUUGGGCCUUGAUAAUAUAUGAAGGAGUAUACUUACAUACA